AUGUCUCGCGACAUCACGCCGAUCAGCUUCAAGACAGUCCCGGGCAGGAACAAGACACAGAAAUGGACCAAAGCGCCGGCGGUAGACUACGGCGGAGAUGAAUGGGGAGGAUWCGAUGACUAUGGUGGCUAUGAGGAGGACGUUCCUCCUCCGCCUCCAGCAUCAAUACCCGCAUCGCACGCGCCUCGAGAUCCAUAUGCCUCAGCAGGUCCUGCGCGGAAGAACAGCUUUGAUCAAGGAGACGAGACCCGCGCUUUCAGUUCAAACACCCAACCCGCAGGCGUCGCCGCGAGCUCUUUCCCUGCUCGCGCUGACGAUGGACAGCAACAUGCUCCUGGCAGAAAUGCACCGCGAGACUUCACAAACCCCGAGCAGGUGCCAGCGCCGCUGUCCAWGCACACCUCGUCUCUUCCUUCCCAGGGCGAGCGAUGGCCGGGUCGGAAGGAAAGCAUGAGUAGUAAAGGCACGCCUCCAAUGCCCAGCGCUACGUCGCCCAUAACGGAUAAGCCUUUGCCUUUUAUACGCCCGAGCGAUAUCUACAAGCGCAUUCCCGACGAGAUUCGGCGGCAGAGCGAGGAUGGUACGCGGCCGAGCAUGGAUUCUGUGGGUAGUGGUCGAGAUAGGGCUGGCCUGGGAUUGGAGCCUGUGGCAGAGAGCCGCGAGAACACAGUGUUUAUGGACGGUGCAGAGCAUCACGCGAAAUCCCUGCGUCCAACGAGCACCAGUCCUCGUUUGCCUGAUGUCACGCGGUUCUCGGGCUUUGGUGACGGGUUCUUGUCAGGCUCUGCGGCUGGAAAUGAAAUAUCUCCUGCUUCGCCGCACAGUCCAGAAGCUAUCGUUGCAAGGGUUGCAAAUUCACCUGUUAUCAAUGCGUCGGGCUCGACAACCACCUCUUCUGUUUCGAAUCAGCAUACUUCAACUACCAGAGCCCCACCAGGCCAGGACCCAGCCGCUGAGAUACUCGCAGAGAGGCAACACGGGACAUCCGUUGAGAGCAUCGCGGGAGGACAGCCGGCCAGUCUCCAACAUCAGCCUUCGGCAGGCUUCCGUUCAGCGGUCCACACUGCUUUCGAUCGAAAUGAUAAUCUCAUUUCUCGCGACAACUCUCAGGGAAGCAAUGAAGUGCACAGAAGCGAUACGACCUCCACAUCGGGCAUCAGCCCUAUCAUAAGUCGUGGUCCACAAUUUCCAUCCAUUGCAGAAGAGACAUCUACAACCGGUGGUCGAGGACUUCAUGGACAGUCUUCCGACACCCGUGUAUCUCGCAAGCCUUCUCCUGGCAGAGCUGGUGGGGCGAGCUUUGAACCUGGUUAUAGGAGGAGUUUGGAUCCCCCAUCUACAGGUACAUCGCCCGCGCGGACGCCAGGUCUAGAAAGCGUGGAGACUCGAAGGCUUAGUACGCCCAUGUCUGCCGUACCGAUGGAUGCUGAGACGCCCGAUGUCGACGAUCAAGGAGAAGAGCUGCCGACCGCUUCCCAUCUCGGUUCCUCGUCAUCUACCACAGCACCAAUUCCCAUUACAGGACGUGGUCGAAGCGACACGGAUUACAGCAUGCGCGAGGCUGAUAUCGCGCAAACUGUCAAUUCUGCGUCACCGGAACAAGGCCACGAAAUGCCAKGUUUAAUCAACGCGCAGAGAGACUCACAGAAAAUCUUUCUCCAGACCCACGUGGAGAAACAGCUUCCGUCGCCAAUCACUCCGGGCGGGGGAUUGAGAGAACGUGCUAGUGGAAGCCGAGCUGGAAGUCCAAGCAAAGGCCGCGUUCGAGAGAUUGCGGACAAGUACCACGGUUUGAAUGAAGCCGCGAGGCGGAACUCUGCUAUUAGUGUYAGCAGCAGUUCCAAAGCACUUAGUGCAAAGUCCAGCUGGAGCAACUUUGACGACACGGAGAAGAAGUUGGCCAGGCAGGGUACAGAGCAGAGUGAGAGCGAGAUGUUUCCUGCGUAUGAAAACGCCGAUCUCUCGUCUGAGCGUCCGGUCGUAUCAAGAGAGGAGUCUUUCAAACCGGAUCUUCCUGGUGGAUGGAUCAGCACGGCGCCGACUCCUGAACCCGGCGCCGGACGUGCCUCUCAAUUGACUCCGCAACAGGCCAGGGCUGUGCAGGCCGACGAAGAGGAACUGACGCCUACCACAAAGAAGGUUCGUCUGCAGGAAGCUCUCACUAAUGAUCCUAUGGCCAGACAAGUUCCCAUCACAAAGUCACCUAGCGCGUUGGAUCAGGUCAAGAACGCGGGCUCCGAGCUUGGCGCGGCUCUCAUGGCCAGCGUGGGCGCGAGCCAUCAGACUCGUGACUUUGGGGCUUCAGCGCCUGCUGCACCCGUGGAUGAGCGCGCGGUAGAGAGACCAGCGCGAGGUAUGCAACCUCCCACUCUCUUCCGAUACGAAACAGACUCGGAUGCGACACCAUCGGUGGCAUCGACCAUGCCUCCCUCCCCGCCUGCAAAGAACACACCAAAUCUGGGUGAGACGCUAAGCGAUGGCUACUUUAACAACACCGUGGCGCCUUUAAGGGUCAAGUCGAGGGAGCAGAGUCCUGUUGCUGAACGAAAUGCUGCUCAUGAACGUGGUCUGCCGGUGCCUAGACCAGGCAUGACCACGGCUUUGUCCAUGGAGCCUGGAGCGGGAGAUCAAGAGAGCGAUCUUCUCCGAAAGGAGAUUGUUCGCAGUCUCGAUCCAAUCCCUCUUGUCCAAGAUCGGCAGCGUACUCAGGACGCCCUGGAUGCCUCUGAAAACCAGCGACGAGUGGCCGCUGGACAAGAUGCACUUCCUCCUGCUAAGAGUAGACAGCCGGCCUUGCUUCAGACGCGCUUCAGCUGGGAAAAGCCCACACCAUUGAGCGAACAGGCUGAACCCAGCCCGGAGAUCAAGCCUGAAAUGGCCUACGAGCGGCCUAGGAGCAAGGCUUUGCACGUUGUCAAUCCUAAUCAGUUUGACAGUCCGACUGUGGAAACACCCGUGACGAGUGCACCGCCCGCGGAGACUCUGAGACCUCAUACCUUUGGCACUCCGGUGAGUGAGAAACAGGAGCAUGCCUUGCUCCCGGACACGGAUGUACAGCCUGGCAGUCCAAGUCAAAGUCUGAAGAGCCUACCCCCAAGCCCAAUCUCCGAGCGAAAGAGCGACAGGGAUCUCAACAGACAGAGCUACUAUGCUUCCGAUACGUCCCAGGCCGCAGCUCCAGGUACUGCUUCGAUCAUUCCUGGUCAAGGCGGCCUCUCGACCUCGCCGAUCUCCCCAGCAAAAGGACACGCACCCGGGAAGCCAAUUCCUCCAUUUCGCAACAUUCUUGCACYCAAGACUGGAGACGAACGAAUCAAAAGUUACAACGAAACUCGCAACACCUUUGCCAACAUGAACACUGGGCUCGGAGACUGGGUGGGAGGCAUGCUCGCUCUCCACCCAGAGCUUGCCUCCAAUGCAACAACACCAGGGGGCGCAUGGAAAGCCCCACCUCUUCAGACAACGGGCACUGGCAUGUUGAAGGGUCAUAAAGCGUCUCCCAGCCUGGCCAAGUUCACCAACAAGUUCGGGGGUUCCGAAUCUCAGCUCCGCUCUACCUCCAUCGGCUCGGUAAGCGAGGACGGCACGCACCCCUCUGCCUCCACCUCCGGAGCUGGAGUCAGCGUCAUCCGGCCCACGACAUCCAACACAGCAGGUCCAUCAAGCAGUACGACGGGCCUUCCCGCAUUUGACACAGAUAAAAUGCAGCAAAAGGGCAAAGCCUUUAUGGCCAAGACUGGCGUGCUUGGCGGAAAGGCACAGGCAGGUGCAAAGGGACUGUUCGCGAAGGGGAAGUCGAGGUUCGCUAGUGGAGGUAAUGUGAGGAGUCCGAGUGGUGGGAACGAUAAGGUAUGA